AUGAAAAAUAUACUUGGUAGCCAUAUCCAUGACAACAAAAACUCUAUCCAUGCAUUAAAAAGUGUAUGUGCCCAAUCAAAAUCAGAAUGCUAUAAGGCAAAGGCAGCCCUUGAAAAUCAAGAUCAACCUGUUGGCGUGCGUAUUGAAACAGCCGUAAACAUUUUGAGUAAUGUCAUUGCGUAUGUCGAUGGAAUAGCACAAAAGCGACGCUUAGAGGAUCCAUUAUCCGAUUUCGAAUUUGCUGAGCAACAAGUGGACAAAAACGGACACAUACCAUGGAAAGCUCAAUUCCAACAGUGGAAAAUACUGGGCCGCUUUGAGCAGUAUAAGUCGUACAAAAGUGCUCAAAGUGCUUAUCACCGCGCUAUGAAAAAGCAAAAGCAAAAGCAAAAGCAAACUGAACAACAACAGAGAACACCUGUAGUAGCGUCCUCAUCACCAUCACCUUCCGGAGCAAGACAGUCAUCAUUUUAA